AUGGCGCCAACGACCUCGCUGAAAAGAGCCGCCCCAGAUGAUGCCGGCGACUACAGCUUCCUACGACGAAGAGGGGGAGAUGGGCCACGGGCUUAUCACGAUGAUGACACUACCGCGAACGAAUCAGCAAGUACAUUCCAACCGGGUGCAAUUGUGCGAGUGAAAUUACGCAACUUCGUUACCUAUUCCGAAGCCCAAUUCUCUCUCGGACCUAAUCUGAAUAUGGUUAUUGGGCCAAACGGCACAGGGAAAAGUUCGCUGGUCUGUGCCAUUUGCUUGGGACUUGGUUAUCCACCGAACGUACUGGGGAGGGCGAGUACUUUUGGCGACUUCGUCAAGCACGGCAACGAUGAGGCGGAACUCGAGGUUGAGCUACAGCGGAAGCCUGAAGAUGCCGAGAACUACGUCAUUGGACUUGUCAUCAGGCGCGAGGAUAAUAGUCGGAAGUUCACUAUCAACGGAAGCCGUUCCACCCUCAAGGAUGUUCAGAAGCUUAUGCGGAGCCUUCGUAUCCAGAUCGACAACCUAUGUCAGUUCCUACCACAGGACAAGGUGGCGGAGUUUGCUGGGUUGACUCCGGUAGAGCUGUUGGAGAAGACUCUGCAUGCCGCCGCGCCACAGGACAUGAUUGUGUGGCAGCAGGAAUUGAAACAGGGAUUCAAGGAGCAAAAGGAAGUGCAAUCCAUCACGGACAAGACUCGCGAGGACGUCAAGAGGAUGGAGGACAAACAGCGGCUUCUGCAGGCGGAUGUCGACAAACUUCGCGAGAGAAAGGCUAUCCAGGAAGCGCUGAUCAAACUGAAGCAACUUCGACUGAUCGCUCAAUAUCAGGAGGCCAGGGAACACUUUAACGAAGCCAGAAUGCGUAAGAAAGAGUCACAGCGCGCCUAUAAGAGGCUCGAAAGAAGCGUCGCGCCUGCCCUCGAAGCCGUCAAUAGAAAGCAGGAUUAUUCUCGCAAAGUUAGAGGCAUCGUAACUCUUCGGCGACGAGAACUGGAGCAGGCUGUAGCCGAGGCCGACAAAGCGCUGGGUCCGGUGGAAUCAGCAAGUGGGAGAAUGACGCAGAUCGAAAACGCGAUUCGGACGGAGGAAGACAAUUUCAAGGACAAGAGGAAGCGGAUGGGUGCUUUGAGGAAGGAGAUCACCGAUCUGAAGGCAAAGUACGCACAAAAGCCCAAGGAAUUCAAGGCUGGUGAAUGGAACCUCCAGAUUCUAGACCACCAGAAGCGCGAGAAGCAGCAGAAGGCCUUGGAUCUUGUCCCAGAACGUGACGCUAUCAAGACGGAGGGAUAUGGUUUGAGGCAACAGAAGAUGGCAUUGGUGCAGGAACUGGAGGCCCUGGACUCGCAAGAGGGCCAACUUCUCAACCAGCUCAAGAACAUGAACCCUGAUGCAGCAGCGGGCUGGGCCUGGCUCAAAGACAACCAAGGAGGGUUCGAAAAGGAAGUCUUUGGGCCUCCCAUGCUAACGUGCUCCGUUAAAGACAAGCGCUACAAGGACUUGGUCCAGUCCAUGCUCCAGGGAUCUGAUUUCUUUUGUUUCACGACUCAGACCAGGGCGGACCACAAAAAGCUGAGCGACCAGCUGUAUGGGACUUUGGGCCUUUCCGUUACUGUUCGGACUUGCUUUAGCUCAUUGGAUUCCUUCAAGCCACCUAUGCCUAAGGAGCAGCUUUCACGGUAUGGCUUCGAUGGCUAUGUUCUCGAUUUCCUCGACGGACCCGCUCCCGUGCUGGCCAUGCUUUGCGCAGAGAAAAGACUACAUCAGUCUGCCCUUAGCUUGAACGAGAUUUCCGAUGACCAGUUCGAGCAAAUCCAAAAGGACGAGCUCAUCAACUACUUUUCUGCUGGUCGCAAGUUUUAUCGUAUCAUGCGCCGGAGAGAGUAUGGGCCGGGGGCGGUCUCUACGCGCGUCACUGGGUUCAGCGAGGGCCGGUUCUGGACAGACCAGCCGGUUGACGGUUCUGAAAAGCUCGAAAUCAGACGCAAGAUCGAGGAGAUCGAUGGCAAGACUGAUGAGUUGCUGACAAAGUUGAAAGAAGUGGCCGAGAAGCACAAAACACUCACAGCGGAGAUCAAGGAACUUGAGGAGAAGAAGGUAUCCGAGUUUACGCAGUGGAACGGCCUGCCGGACAAGAUAGGUAUGACAGACCCCUGGCAGUGGACCCGAUUGUGGUGUAUUAACAGAGCUGCUCCCAGAUGCCAAAGAAAAGCUCGCAGGGUGGAUCUUAUGAGGCAACUCGACGAUGCCACCGUGGACAUGUCCAAGGCCGUCAUCAAACACUUCGAAACGCUUGGUGCUAUCCGUAAAACGCGACAAAAACUCCUCGAAGCCCAAGUCUGGGAGCUGGAGGCCGAAUCGGAUGUCAAGUGCCUCAAAGAUAAGAACGCCGAGAUCACAGCCAGACUAGAAGACGAGAAAGCAAAGGUGGAACAGGCUAAGAAGGAUGUCGAGGAGUUUAGACAAACUGCCGGAGAAGCUCAAGACAAGGUCAGCGAGUUCUUGAACGAUGAGAACAGAGUGGCCCUUCUGGCAGCUGCUCAGGACAGGACAGUGGCCGAGUUUGAGGGAUCAAUCACGGCAGAGCAGGCGAAGCUCGAGAUGAUCGAAGCGGGUAACCCCCAGGCGCUGGAAGAGUACGAGCUUUACGCCCAAAAGAUCGAACAGAUUCGCCAUGCUGCGGAAAACCAGGAGACAAGGCUGGCCCAGCUCAACGCCGGAAUCGAGGAGAUCCAGAGCCAAUGGGAGCCCCGCCUGGACGAGCUCGUCGGACAGAUUAAUGAUGCUUUUAGCUAUAACUUUGAGCAAAUCAGCUGUGCCGGCGAAGUUGGUGUCCACAAAGACGCGGAUUUUGACAAGUGGGCUAUCGAUAUCAAGGUCAGAUUCCGUCAGGGGGAGACACUUCAGCGGCUCGACCAGCACAGACAGUCUGGUGGUGAGCGUGCCGUGUCAACCAUUUUCUACCUGAUGGCCUUGCAGGCUCUGGCUCAGGCGCCAUUCCGGGUGGUGGACGAGAUCAACCAGGGUAUGGACCCGCGCAACGAGCGUAUGGUCCACGAGAGGAUGGUGGAGGUUGCGUGCCGAGAGCAUACAAGUCAGUAUUUCCUCAUCACACCCAAGCUGUUGUCGGGGCUCCGGUACGAUCCUAGGAUGAUGGUUCAUGUCAUUGUCAGUGGAGAGCGGGUGGAUGAGACGAGCACGACGAAGAUGAACUUCGGCAAGUUUGCACAGAUACAGAAGAGGCUGAAGGCACAGGCAGGGAGGUUGUGA